AUCAUAGAAAAGUUAAAAAUACAAAAUGUGUCGUCUAAAACUAAUUUUAACCUGUAUUACUGUUAUAACAAUCUUUUCAAUUACUUCAGCUGAAAUUCUUAACUCAAUACCAGAUGGAAUAUUAAGAGGAGCCAUCAAAAAUGAUCGUUUCGGCAACGAAUUUUUUAGUUUUCAAAGUAUUCCGUAUGCAAAACCACCAAUUGGAAAUCUUAGAUUCAAGGAUCCCAUUCCAAACGAUCCUUGGGAUGGGAUCAAAGACGCAACAAGUGAUCUCCCUUUUUGUUACCAAUUCGAUGAAAAUUUAAUUGGUGAAGAGGAUUGUUUAUAUUUAAACGUUUACACUCCAAGUUUAAACGCAACAAAUCUUCCCGUUAUGGUUUUUAUCCACGGCGGAUCUUUCAUAACCGGAUCUGGAAGACAAGAUUAUUACAGCCCGGAGUUUUUAAUUCCAGAAAAUGUACUUUUGGUCACUUUAAAUUAUCGCCUUAAUAUUUUUGGAUUUUUUAGUUUAGACGAUUUAAAUUUUGGAAACGCAGGAUUAAAAGAUCAAAGAUUAGCUUUGGAAUGGGUCCAAAAGAAUAUUAAGUAUUUCGGUGGUGAUCCAGAUAAAGUAACAAUUUUUGGGCAAAGCGCUGGUGGAGCUUGCGUUCAUCUCCACGUCCUUUCCCCACAAUCAAAAGGAUUAUUUUCAAAUGCAAUCAUGCAAAGUGGAGUGGCAACAAGUCCUUGGCUUGUUGGUGUACCAAAUAAUGGAAAAUUAUUGGCCGAAGUGCUUCAAAUUUCCACCGAUGAUGUUUCAAAUAUGUUAUUAACUUUGCAGUUAUUACCUGCAGCGACUAUUUUUGGUGCUUUUCAACUUCUUUCAAUCAAUAAUCCAAUGCGUUGGGGUGGAUUUCAUGUUCCAAUUGUUGAAAAACAAACGAAUGGGACUGCUUUUCUUAUCGAUGAGCCAUUAAAUCUUAUCAAAGAAGGAAAUUAUAAUAAAGUACCUUUAUUGAUUGGUUACACAGACGCGGAAGGAAUUUAUUUUGAACAAUUCUUAAGAAAUUUAACCGGACAAAUUACACCAUUAACCGAUUUUUUUGCUUUUGUACCUGAUGAGUUAGGAAUUUCACCAGGGACACCCGAAGCACUUGAAUUAGGGGAAGAGUUAAGAAGAUUUUAUGAAGGCGACGAAUCACCACCAGAUAAUUUGCAACCUUUCAUUGAUAUUUAUCGAGACACUUGGUUUGCUUUGCCUGGAAGAAAAGCUGCUUUAGAACACGCAAAAACGAACGAAAAUCCAAUUUAUUUUUAUCGAUUUUCAGCCGAUACUGCAAUGAACGUUUAUAAAAAUCGCGAUGAGAUUUCAAUGAGUUAUAAAGGCGCAAGUCAUUGUGAUGAUUUAUCGUAUAUGCUUCAAACUUUUAUUACUCCUAAAAUUGAAGAGAACAGCGUUGAAGAUUUCGCAGUUAACAGGGUUGUUAAAAUGUGGACUAAUUUUGCUAAAACUUCGAAUCCCAAUUUCUUAAGUGAUGAUGAUUGGAGAUCUGUAAGCGAUGGGGUUAUGAAUUACGUUGAUAUUGGAUCGAAUGAAAAUAAAAGUGGAGUUGAUCCCGAUGAUGUUAAUGUUCGAUUUUGGUUGGAUAUAUUUGAAAGAUACGGAGUUUAAGAAAUAAAAUUGUUUAAAUGUAAA